UCUUAUUUCUGCUCCGAUCGAGAGAGACGCGCAGCUCGAGUUCAGAAUAUCAUCGACGCGGAGUCUGAUUCAGACACACUGAAGAUUAUUAAAACACCAACGUUUCGUUUUAAAGCAACGUUUCCCUUUCCUUUGUUCAAAGUCACACGUCUCACCGACGGGAAUCACCGGACGCGGCAGCGGAGCACGAGCGACAUACCGGCAAACAAAGAACCCCUUCUGUGCGAGAGACCAGCCCUCAACACCCGUUAGUUAUGAGUCAUGUGGCCGUCGAGAAUGUGCACGGUCUGGAUCCGCAGCUCGCUGCUCUAGACCUGAACUCGGAUCUUCAGGGAGUCCCUGGAAGGCGCUACAUUCCUCCUCAUUUAAGGAACAAAGAAGCUUCCAAAAGCGAUUCUCCCGGAGGAUGGGAUAACGGACGUAGUAAUGGCUUCGUAAACGGCUUCCAUGAAGGCCGAGACAACCGUAUGAAUGGAGGCAGCAGUUUCGGUGGCCGUGGCUCCAUGCGCAGCGACCGCGGAGGAAGAGGAGGCUUCAGAGGAUUUGGUUACGACAACAAGGAUGCCGGCGGGUGGAACGCCCCAAAAGACACGGCCUACAACAGCUUCGGCGGCCGCUCUGACCGCGGGAAGUCCUCUUUCUUCAGUGACCGCGGGUCUUCAUCCAGGGGCCGUUACGAGCGAGGAGGUUUUGGCGGCAGUGGGAACAACCGAUGGACUGAUGACUCGAGGGACAAUGAAGAUUGGUCCAAACCCUUGCCUCCCAGUGAGCGUGUGGAACAUGAACUCUUCUCUGGAGGCAACACCGGGAUUAACUUUGAGAAAUACGAUGACAUUCCUGUUGAAGCCACAGGACAGAACUGUCCACCACACAUUGAGAGUUUCCAUGAUGUAGAUAUGGGAGAGAUCAUUAUGGGUAAUAUAACCCUGAGCCGGUACACACGGCCCACUCCUGUCCAGAAGUACGCUAUUCCCAUCAUCAAGACGAAGAGAGACCUGAUGGCAUGCGCUCAGACAGGUUCUGGUAAGACUGCAGCCUUCCUGUUGCCAGUCCUGAGCCAGAUAUUCACUGAAGGACCAGGAGAGGCGCUGCAGGCUAUGAAGAACAGCGCACAGGAAAAUGGGAAAUAUGGCCGCCGUAAGCAGUAUCCCAUUUCACUGGUUUUAGCCCCCACAAGGGAGCUGGCUCUCCAGAUCUACGAAGAGGCCAGGAAGGUUGCGUACCGCUCUCAUGUGCGUCCCUGUGUGGUGUACGGAGGCGCUGAUAUCGGUCAGCAGAUCCGUGAUCUGGAGAGAGGCUGUCAUCUGCUGGUGGCCACUCCUGGGCGUCUGGUGGACAUGAUGGAGCGGGGCAAGAUCGGCCUGGACUACUGCAAUUAUUUGGUGCUGGAUGAAGCAGACAGGAUGUUGGACAUGGGCUUCGAGCCACAGAUUCGGCGUAUCGUGGAGCAGGACACCAUGCCGCCCAAAGGGCUUCGUCAAACCAUGAUGUUCAGUGCCACCUUCCCCAAGGAGAUCCAGAUCUUGGCUCGUGACUUCCUGGAGGAAUACAUCUUCCUGGCUGUGGGCAGGGUUGGGUCCACCUCGGAGAAUAUCACCCAGAAGGUGGUGUGGGUUGAAGAAAAUGACAAGAGGUCCUUCCUGCUGGACUUGCUCAAUGCCACAGUCAUUCCGAAUGAGGUUCAGGACAGUACGGCGGAGAGCGUAGAAAAACCUGGAAAAGAAUCUUUGACCUUGGUGUUUGUUGAAACUAAGAAGGGAGCGGACGCUCUGGAGGACUUCCUGUACCGUGAAGGCUACUCCUGCACCAGUAUCCAUGGCGACCGAUCCCAGAGGGACCGUGAGGAAGCGCUCCAUCAGUUCCGCUCCGGGAGAUGCCCCAUCUUAGUAGCCACGGCUGUGGCUGCUCGUGGUCUGGACAUCUCCAAUGUAAAACACGUCAUUAACUUUGACCUGCCUAGUGACAUCGAGGAGUACGUCCACCGCAUCGGGCGUACCGGUCGUGUGGGAAACCUGGGUCUUGCCACAUCGUUCUUCAAUGAUAAGAAUGGCAACAUCACCAAGGAUCUGCUGGACAUCUUGGUGGAGGCCAAACAGGAAGUGCCAUCUUGGCUGGAGAGCCUGGCCUAUGAGCACCAGCACAAGAGCAGCAGCCGCGGGGGGCGCUCCAAGAGGUUUUCUGGUGGUUUUGGUGCCAGAGACUACCGUCAGACCAGCAGCAGCACCAGCGGCGGAGGCUUCGGGAACCGAGGCGCACGCAACACCGGCGGUCACGGAGGAAACCGUGGAUUUGGCGGCGGAGGUAAGGAUCGCCUUCACUCCAGAGCACCCUCCAUUUAGUUGCAUGACCGCUUAGUUCUUGAGUGCCCAUCACUCACCUGGUGUUUCUGGUCCUCAGGUGGCUUUGGGAACUUCUACAGCAGUGAUGGCUACGGAGGAAACUAUUCCCAGGUGGACUGGUGGGGAAACUAAGACUCCUCCACCUCUUCACUCCUAACAAUGACCAUGGAUCACCAUGCCAAACUCACUGAAUGGAAACCACAUGUACCAUAGCCAGACUAUAUACCCUGUGUAGCUUUGAAGAACUUUGCAGUACAUUACCAGCUGUGAUUCUCUGACCACAUCUGGAGAAGCUUGACCUCCGUGGGACUCGGAUGCUGGGAUAUCUGGAGGUUCGACUGUAGCAGGAAGCAGUCUCAUGAUGUGCUCGACCGUACUGAAGGGGGAACGGAGGCUGAAGUUUGCUUUAGAUUCUUGGACUCUAGUUUUCCACUACAUUUCAUUUGUUUGUACUAAAUGAGAAUCAUUUGUUAAUGUACUGUUCCUUUUAAAUUUAGACUCGCUGUGUUUUGUUUGUUUUCCUGUUCUUUUUAAAUGUCUGGCUGGUAAUUGUUUUCCCCUUUUUUUUUUUUCUUUUUUUUUCCUGUUUUCUUCCCCCUCGAAAGAUUUGUAUGUAUGGUAUAACAAAAUAAGCUUGGAUGUAAUCAAACCUUGGCAAGUCUGGGAUGGUCUGUCACAACCUCAUUUUGAACUGAAAUUUUCAGCGGGGUCACCAGCGCUGGUGUCGCAGGGGCCUGACCCCCUCGAUUGGCUGCAGUUCUCUUGUGUGGUAUUACAAGGGAGUGAAAAAUAUUGAAUGUUGGAAGGAAAAGCUUUCGCUCACUCUAUCCUGGAGAGGUAUCUAUUAUAGAGAUGGUAGUCUUCUGAGAAAGAAACCAAGCCAUUCCAGUAUAUUCUCUUAAAUUUAAUUGUGACGAACCACGUCUGCCUCCCGCCGCUUCGCUUCAUAACCACACCACCGAGGCAGCUAGUUCAGUACCACAUGCUAGCCGUUUAGUGGUGUUGGAUUAAAAAAGUUUUUUCUUGAACUGUUAUGGGUGUAGCAAUUGGAUUCGUCUCUUUCUUCCUUCGAAAACCGUUAUUGAAGUAGAUUAACGGUGGGCUCGUGGCAGUGAAGCGUUCUAAUGGCUGCUCUAGAACCGUGAGGUCCGAGCAGACGGCACACAAAGCCCAGCCCGUCUCUGAAGAAUCCGCAUGCUAGUGUUCUUGUUUUUUGGUCAAGGAGAUUUUCGAACCGAUUUCUGCCGCAGGCUUUUACGUUCGUUACAAAUAACAUUUGUUCACUUUUUUUUUUUUUUUUUUUUUUUUUUUUCUCUUUUUCAAGCUGCGUUGAAUUCCGAAAGACAUCCUCGGCUUUACUCUUGAGACACGGCUCGCUCGUGACCCCCGGAUCUUCGAGAGGACUGGGGUCAGCAGAAUUCGGUGUACACCACGGGAACCGCACCAAACCAGCUGCAGGGGUGUGGUUUGGUCUAAAACAGACUCUUAUUGGUUGGUUUGUAGUGGAGGAGGUUUCCAUGGCAUCCUGGCCAAAGACAGGGUUCUUUCAAACUCCCGCGCGCCCUUAAUAGUGCACUACUGAUGAGGGCGAGUGGGAUGCGUUUAACUGAAGUGCAAUAGAUUUACUCUCAAGCGUGUUGUGCCUUUUGACAUGAAUUUGGAAAAGGUGACCUGAAGCAGAUGCGUGGACAGUAUUGAGGUGACUUGAGAGCAGUGGUGCUACUUAAGCCCAUCCAGUUUUACAAAAGUUGUUUUAUUGCACAUCUAGGGUUUUAUAUAAGUGUCUUGAGUGCGUGUCCUUAAGCUUCCCAAUAUUGUGUGUGAAGAUUGUGAAAACGCAGCUUGUUUACAAAAGGGGAAUGGUUCUCCAAUCGUUAACCAGGAUUGAUUUGGGACCAGCAGUGGGGAAUUUAGCUAUUUGCACAGAUUACUAGAUUCUACUUUUGCUGCUAGUUUGUGUAAUUUAUUAAGCAUUUUUGAGAAAUAUUUAUUUUUAUAAGCCUAAAAGUGAUAGUUUCAAGUAACUUGACCAAAAGACAGUACAAAAACACUGGCACUUGAAUGUUGAAUGUCACCCGUAUGCGUGAAACUUAUAUUUUUCGGGGUAGUGUGAGCUUUUUAAUGUUUAAGGUCAUUUUGGACUGAAAAUUUACUGUAAUUGUGUACACAAUACAAUGUGUAUACAAUACAAAUACAACUGUAAUCUGUAAUUGGAAUCUGACUAAAUGUUUCAAUCCGAUCAAUCAAACUCUGAAUUGGAAGCCGAAAUUUAAAUUAAUAAACAUGCCAAGGUUUGGAAAAAGUUACAGUAAUAUUUUUGUAAAUGUGUAUCAGUGCAAAGUGUUCAGAUUAUCCAAUGCUCUUUUUGGUUUGUUUUUGUUUUCCCAAUAUUUAUUUUUUAUUUGAACCCCCGGUGAAUGUCUGGCACACGGCAAUCUUAAGUAACAAAAACAUGUGGUUAUUCUCUAUUGUUGCGUUUGCAUAUUUGGGCUCUGGUGUUGGUGUUCUCUGACAGGUUUGGCUGAAGAUUCAGUCUUAAUUACAGAAGCAGUUAUGGGUGAAGUGUUUAAAGCAUGCAAUGAAAGGCUUUUAAUUGACCAAAUCGUGAAAGAACAUCACCGGAGCCCUUAGAGUUAGAAGUAUUUGCUUUAUGUACUAGUUUAGAGGCUGUGCACUGCACGAUAAAUAAAAUGUGUGUUUAUUGUAUUUUACCACAUUAAAGUUGGAAAUUGCAAAUACAGAAA